AGGAACGACUAAACCAUUCGUGAUUUUAUGUAAUGAUAUGGGGGAAAUCUUAGAGUAUAACAUUUUCAGGCUUAUCAAAACAACAUUUAUAUCUGUAUACUCUUAAAUGUCAGUCUGCAGAGAUUUAAUUGAAUGGAAUUGUACAUGAAUAUUUGAACAUUUAUACGGUCUUAAUUGAUUAUAUUUGAACGAGCUUUUAUGUUAACUGAUAAAAUGUUUAAAAGGAAACAAAGUACAAAUAAAGGCGCACACUUUAUUUUUUUACCGGUUGUAUCAUAGAGGUUGAUAAAUCGCAAUAACUAUUUUGAAACGUUUUUAGUGUUAUUAUAAAAAUGGCUAAACAUAGAUUAUUUUUUCUCUAUUGCUACGGUUUCCUGUUAGUAGCAUUUCAGGUCAGAGGGAAGCAUGCUGCCACCAUACAAGCAUACGAGACAGACGGUGAAGGGACAGUGCUGUUCAAUGAAACAGGGCAUACCAACUGCACAGUUACAUCGCUCAGUCCAGCCCAAACUUGGACAUAUGUGACCUUCGAUGAGCACAAUUCCCUGGUCAUCCAGAGACCGUUAGAUCUCGAAGUUCUUAAUCUGCAGGGAAACACUACGACACUGACAGUUAAUUAUAAAUGUGACGGAGUUCAACAGAAUGCCAGGCUGCACGUUUUACCGGUCAAUGAAUUCAAUCCAAUAUUUAAGGGGUCACCAUACACGCGCAUUAUAGCAGAGGGCACUGCGGAAGGGACAGAGGUGAUAUAUCUAGGGAACAAAUGGUCGGAUGAAGACAAAGUAAAAUAUGGAGUUGCUUCUAUAUUUAGAUUGCAUCCCUACACCAUCACAGCUUUUGAUGGAAAGCAGCAUUUCAAGAUGGACAAUGUUACAGGCAAUCUCACUACAACAACUGUUUUCGAUUAUGAAAAUUUGCGAUGGAGAAACUAUUUUAUGCUAAACGUUUCAGUUGAGGAUGACGGUGGUCGGGCCUCCUACACCACAGUGAAUGUUACUAUACAGGACAUAGACGACAAUCCGCCAAAAUUUACAUGUAAAGUAACAUCAGACCAAUGUUAUAUAACAGCCUAUACAGCCGAAACUCAUAGAUUCUUCCAGGGCAGUCUCGAAGUUUCUCCGGAGCUUAUUCUUGCUAAAGACAUCGACACAGGAAUAAAUGACAAAAUACUAUACACGAUAGACAGUGAAGAUAAAUUCGCAACGAACCUACAGAUCAACAAUUACACAGGAGCAGUUGAAGUUAUCGUGCCAUUUGCUAAUUUGACUAACUGGACUGAUGCUGAAAUCGUGAACAUUUCUCUGCAAGUAACGGCGACUGAAGAUUCGGAAAAUUCUCACCAUACGAAUAUUAGCCUUACAGUUCUUGUGUAUCGUGAGUUACCGACAACAACUUCGUUGCCAACCACAACAACAACACCAGCAAAAUCAUCAACAUCUACAACCACUGUCCACAAAAGUGAGCAACCGUCACAGAUUGAUUACAUUUUGAUUGUUGAAAUUGUCGUUCCUGUUUGCGCGGCUGUCGUAAUUGCAAUAAUUUUCGUCUGCGUAAUCAGAAAUUGCAAGAAGAAACAAAGAGACACCAGAUACAAACUCGGAGAGAGUCAAAAACAGGAAAACCUUCGCAAAUCAGAAAGUUUUGACCAUGAAAAUAUUGAUGUCAUUUCGUCUACCCCUAUAAAUCCAUAUGAACUCAUUAGCAUGUACGCAAGAAUGGGUUCAAACAAAAACAGUCAGGAAAGUAGCCCUAAAUCAAGCAAAACAGAAGACAAAGCACCAUCUGGAAAAGGAGAAAGUCACGAUGACAUAUAUGAUAACGCUACAAUUUCAGCUAGUGAAAGAGAAGUCAAUAAUGGAGAUCUUUACACUAAAGUGGACAAGCGUAAACCAAGAAGGAGACAGAAGCAGGCCUUGGCGUUUGCGAUUGACGCAGUUGAAACUGCUGAAGAAACAGAGCAUGCAAUGGAGUCUGAAACGUCUGAACCUGAUCCAGGAGUAGGCCAGUUUAAUAACAUUUCUGAAACAAAUAGAGGAAAUUUUGAUAAUUCAAGGGAAAUUACUGAUACGUCUAUGAUGAAAGACGACAUGGAGGCAGAUCGGUACUACAUAAAUAUCGAGGAGGUUAAUGAAGACUCUAAAGAGUCACCUUGUCUAUCUAAGCUGACUCCCGGAGGCUACAGUACUUAUGAUGAUGCAGAUGCAUUUUAGUUCAUGAAAAGAGCGGAAGUAUUCUAAUUAUUCAGCAUUUGGAACAAUUAUGCAGAUCUGAUGUAUACUGCCGAUUAAAGGUCGAUGUCGGGCCAAAAAGCACUGGAAUUAAUGUUUACGUUUUAAGUGUGACAGCCUGUUAACCCGAGUCCAUCUCAAUUUUAAAACUCUAUCUGGAAGCCAGUCGCAGAAAAUCGUUGCAAUUGGUAUUUUUUCAAAUUGUUCUAAGAAACAACCAAUAAUCUGAGUCUAUAAACCAAAGAGUUUUGGAUUAGUUUCAAGAUUGUGAUGUGUAACAGGCCCUGGACUAUGUAUUUGUAGAUUGUAUUUUGUUAUGUAUUUUCAAGAUUUUAAUGAAUUAUUUAUCCAGUUAUGUGUUACUGUGAUUAAGUCAGUUUUUGACUUUUUAACUUUAAGUAAAUGUAUCGUGACAUUUUUAUUGUUCCAAUGAAAACACAACGUUAGGGGAUGGAUUUAAUUCACAUUUCAGGGCUGCUUCUUCACUGUGUUGGACAUACAUCUACAAAGGUUGUGCUAAUCAAUGACGACUGUGGCGAAUCAUACGAAUGGAUUAUGAAGAAAUCGUUGUUGACGGAUUCUGACGUCCAAGAACAAUGCCCUUGAUCAUUAAGCUUUAUCUUGUGUUCUGUACCAGAUUCAAGUCAUAUUUGUAUAUGUUCAUGUAAAAUGACUUCUUAGCGGAUUAGAUUGUUUACCAGUCCGCAGCCAGCGAAACAUCGCUUUAAUUUCAAUAUCCUAAAUCUAAAAAGGCAAGUUUGUGGCGCAACUUUAUUACCGUAUAAUCUUUCUUACUUCGAUUAUGAUCAAUCAACGUCCGUGUUUUGCAAAGAGAGACUAUGAUUCAAAAGAGUAUAGCUAGAUCUUUUUCUUCCUGGGAGGGCCGUAAACAAUGUUGGAAUAACUUUUGACCCAACUCAUUUGUAUGUAGAUGUUUGAAUGGUUGUAUAAAUGUGAUGAUGUAUGGGCGUACAUAUACAUGUACAUGUGUAUACAAUAAAAUGUGAUUAAACUGAA